GCUAAUUUUCUUCAUAAUGUUCAAGGACACAAGUUGUGACCAGGUCGAAAUGACUUCUUCUUUUUAUUUAUCUUCUUCUUCUUCUAUAUAUUGUUUUCCUUUAAAAUUUAAGUUAGCACACUUUGCUUGGUUAGUUAUUACCUUUCAUUUCUAAAUACACAAUUUCAGGCAACCACACUUAUUGUGGAGCCUGUCCAUUAAGAGUUUCAAGACCUAUAUGUCUAGAUAUAUAUUUAUCAACUAUAUUAUAUAGUAUAUAUAUAGACUAUAUAUAGAUAUUAGAUUAAUAGAAAAUAACUAAUUUUACGGUCCCCAGCCGAAAUUUCUUUGUGAGCGGCUGGCCUGUUACCCUGGGUACCAGACUCACUAUGUAUAAAAUAAAAUAGAGAGUCUGGUCUAGUGCGCCCCAUUCUCGUUCUGGUGUGCUGAUAUUAACCAAUCAGGAGCGAGUGUACAGAUUUCUGUACGUUCAAAGGUCACAGCGAAACAAUAAACUUAGCUCUGGUGUAAAACAUUGAACAGAACACAACAUAAAUAAAUGCUAGCGACCGUAACGAUUUAGUUUGAAGAUGCUGUUAAAACUACUCAAAGAAUAUUUUCCGCAUGUUGUCGAACUUAAUACAGAACAGCAUUGAAAGCCUUGUUUGUAGAGAGAAGAGACACCUUCGCCAUAUUGCCAACUGUCUUUGGAAAGUCUCUGAUAUUUCAGGCAGUGGCUCUCAUUGCAAAGAAAUUAGGCCUUGUAGUGAAUGCAGUAAAUAAGAAACACCGCAAGGCGCCGAGAACAAACAACAACAAACACAAGUAAAUCAGUUAUGGCUAAUAUUUCGCCCGGCAUACGGGGCUUCGCUUGUCGUAUUGGCCAUAUUUGCUGUGGUGAUUCUAACCGCCGCGGUGUCCAAGCGCGCUGCCUUCACAGUGAGGAAGUAGACUUUGAAAGUACACACAAUUUAUGUGGAAAAUUACAACAAAAGUUUUAAGUUGUAUACGAAAUUUAAUAAUGAUUAACAUUUAAUAACUGCAUUGUGCUAACUUUAAUUUCAUGCUUCGCACAUGUUUUUUGCUGCCAAAUGGCGUUUUAAACCUGAUUUGAUUGGAAUCUUGAGGCAGAAGUGUCUAUUACCACUGUAUUAAUAAUGUCAACUUUACAGAACUAUAUAAAAUACAUUUGCACUAAGAUUUCCCAAAACUCCUCUGACUACUGAGUAUCUUUGUUAUUUAUCCGACAGUCUUGUUUCACAGGCCUAGUCUGUUAAAUAGACUUCAGUUCUUUCAAGUAAGUUCACCAGAACGAGAAUGGAGCGCACUAGAACAGACUCUCUAUUUUUUUAUAUAGUGAGUCUGGUACCCAGGGUACUGGCCCGUUUCAUCGAGACUGCUUUUGGUGAAGAAAUUUGGCUAAAGGGACAGAUAGAAUAAGCUUUGAAAUUGAUCACGAAAACUUAAAAUUUCUAAAAGUUUGUUUGAGCUACGGACAUUUUUAGAAGUAAAAGUAGCGUUUGUUGCAAUAAGCACCUCUUCAUCUGUUCAUUAACGGGCGUUGAUAAGGCAAUAGUGGUCGGCAAAAAAAUUCUUUGACCCUAGGACACUCUUUUGUCAAUGGGCGCUUAUUUGGUCAUUUACCGUAUAACUCAAAUGUCAAAGUUUUUAACAGUCUCUCCAUCCUCCACUCCCUUAACCUUUAGGGAUUCUUAAAGGCGAGGUAAUUGGUGUGUGUAUUUUGAAAUGAAACACCGGGACACUACGAGAAUAUAUUCUAAUUUUAGCCAAUUUAAAUUCACGGAAACCAGCAACAGAUUGGUGAUUGAUAACUCUGUUGUUUUGAAAGUAGUUUUAGAUUGUCGUGUUUUUCUUGUCUUGGAGUUUUGCCACUGUCAACUCACCGAGACCCGAUCAGCCACAAUCAGCCAAUCAGCCAUUUUGUAAUCCUUCGCUGUUCGGAGUUACAAGUUUGGAUCAACUGUAGUGAUUUUGGGGAAUUGAGAGAAUUAUAUAAGAAUCAAAGCAGUUUUAUCUAACUAGGAUUUCUAUUAUGUGGUUCAUCUACUGCUGAUCACCUUUAUGAUAAUCUUAGGAAAUUUCUCUAGACUAAAUCAAACAACAACGUUAAGGGCUGAUAUUUUCCUGUCUUUACUGCUCUCGGAGAUAUCUUCUUCUCACUACACAAAAACAGGAAGUAAUCAAGUUUUUCUUGAAUCGAAAAGUGUCAAAAUGGCUUCAACAUUCAAAUCCUGUACGCUGGCUCGCUAUUAUUUUUUACUAUCCUUACUUUCCCAAGUAAAAUUCGAUACUUCAUUUCCUAAUUUUCCAGGUUUUUCUCGAAUUCUCGCUAUGUUUCCAAAGUUGUAUAAGUUUUCCACCCCCAAUCUCCAUAUCUGGGGAAAUUACCCUUCCUUUUCCUGUUUAGGCUCGGUACGAAUGUAGUUCAUUUGUCCAAUUCAUACCUUAUUGUUAAGGUGCAGUGAUGAACAGUAAAAGUGUGCAAUGAUAAAACUAGUAAUUAUGGUCAAAGCGGACUAAUAAAUUUUCCACACUUUUGACAAAGUUUGAUAGCCUGAACAUACCCAAGGUCACAAAGAGAGGAGACGAGUGGUCAAAUUCCAUAAGUAUUACUUCAUUGUUAUUGCUUGUAAUUAUAAUAAUUUAAACUUAAUUAGCUUAUUUUGAAAAUUUUUGUAUGUAGCUGAAUUUAAAAAUUAUAAACUGAAGCUGAAACUGAAAAAAACUAGGGCCACAAGGUGUAAGGAACCUCUUCAAGUAAUGAAAAUUGUAAUAUGUUAUGUUUAAAAUAUUUUAUAAUAUUUUAUAAUUCGUUAGGUCAAGUCAAGGAAAUAUUUCGUGUCUCUUAUGACAUCUCUUAUUAAACAUAACCGAACAUAACAUUCAUACUACAAUCACUCUUGAUCCUACAACUAUUCUAUGCUAUAAUAACAGAAAACAGGUAUACCAAUUUAUUAAAACAGUUUGUGUGUCUUUAUACUACAAAAUCGGUUUCAAGAAUUUCAUUUAUCAAACGUAGAAGAAGUUUGGUUAAAAAAGUUAACUUUUUUAGCUGUAUGCAAGAUAAUGACUGCAAAAAACAUUCUGAAAUUCAUUUUAAGAUAAUCUUAAGGGCGUGUUUGCCAAAAUUUGCAUCUUUCCGUUUUACCCUGAAAGCUCUACAACCUCUUCAUGGCCUUUAACAUAUAAUAUUGGUCAGUGUUUAAUAAGCAAAAUAAUGAUAUACGAUGAAAUCAAAAUUUUUCCAAACAAGAGUUAUUUUUCAAUCGUAUUUCCCACUGAAGAAAACAAUUAAACUGGAUAGAGAAAUAGAAAAAAGAAAGAAAAGAAAAGAAAGAAAUGCAGAAAAUAAACUUCAAUGAUUAAUUUACGGUUCUUUUAUUUAGUUGAAGAAGUUAUAAUUAUGUUGAUAUUAUGAAUGACAUGUCAAUAGUGUAAUCGGUCGAUCGCUUGUAUCUCCAGUUGCUGAUAUGAGAUAUAAAUUGUGAUGUUCUUCUAGCUACUAAAUUCACAGGCGUUGUCAGCAAAAAUCGCUUAAGGGUCCCGCCCAAAAAUAACCUUUUUCAACUUUAGGUAUAGUCCAAUUUUAAGGAACUCUUGACCCAAGCCCGAUGUUGGAAGUACACCUCGUUGUGCACCCCAAAGUCUCGUUGAUCCCAAAGAUCACAAAGUUGAAUGGCAAAGUUUCACAGUUCCAGAAACCUGGUUAAAUGCAACAUACACAAUUUCAUCAUUUAAUCCAGCUUAUAUUUCACAAAGUUUUGUAAAUGGUUUCUGACUGAAAUACGAUGAGUGGCCUUAAUAAAAUUUGAGUCCGAUGAUGACUACAUUUUUCUGCUCAUUUUGUAAUGUUCAAUGUAAUCAGUGGUUUUUUUGUGUACAAUGUAGCGGAAUUUUCAUUUUCUAAUGUCUUGGUGAAGGAUUUCUGGCUGAUGCUUAUGUACAUUCUAUAAGCAGCCAUAGAUAGAAGAAAAAUAACACGAUUCCUAUUGAUUUAAUGUGAAAAAAAUAAACCCCUUUUCUAUUUCAAAGUAUCUGUACUCUUCCACCAAAAAGGGCCUUUGUGACCUGUUACUAAUCAAUCCUUACGUUGACAGUGUUAUUUUAGGCCUUCCUCGCGUCUUUUCAUAGACAUUUUGUAUUAAAACUGUCGUCAGAAUGACUAUAAAUGGAUUACCAUCAAGGUUUUGAACGUUCUACACUUCACCGUAUAAAAAUUUUGAGAUAUGUAUGAUUAUUAUUCCUGGUACGGGGUAAAUAUUAAUGAUUUUCGUUGACUUAAAUGCCAAACACCUUCCCGGUGACUAGUUUUUGCAACAUCUCAAGACAUUCUUGUAACAAGCCCGUAACUCAAACAGGCUGCUUUUGUGGCUGUUUUACCAGUCAGUCAUUGUCUGUUACAGGUACUGCGUGCAAAUCAAAAUGAUUGAUUGUUUCGGCUGAUUUAUAGGUCGGACAAUUCGACAUGCCAAGCAAAGUGGUUAUAUUUCUGUCAGAUAUCUAUAGGCGCAUUCACAUAUGCAAUGCUACCCUACCAUCUGCAGCUUCAGGCGCAUGUAGUCUUGAUCACUUAAAAUCGUUUAAGAUCACCUUGGAUCCUUGAAUCAAAAUUGUUUCGGAUCAUAAUCAACUUGAAUCGAAGCUACCUUGAAUCACAAUCACCUUAGAUCAAAAUCAAUUGAAUCAAUGUCACCUCGGAUCAUAAUUGCUCUCGGUCAUAAUCAAAUCGUAAUCUCUGUUGUGAAUAACCGAAUAUAAUAACAGUUAUCAUCGAUUAAUCGUUUUCAAUGAUCGCACAUGCAGAUCUUCUAUACUGAAACAUUACUCUUCCCUGUCUCAUCAGAUUCCGAUGAAAGAACUUAUUUUACUUCCCAUUACUCUUCCGUUAUGUAGAGAUCUUGGAUGCCAGUGGACUAGGUAUUUCUAGAGCUUAGGGUUGCUCAUUACUAUUCUUCAAGUGGUCUCCACACUUAAGUUAGGGGUCAUUGAAGAUUGCCUGCUGUUGACUUUCUUGUGCAAAACCAAUUCGGAUUUCUUACACGCAUGAAUUUUAAUGUUACGUCAUGUAACACACCAAAGAAGGUCUGACAUUUUUAUUAAUAGAAGGUAUUGUUCUUUGUGGCUCAUCUUAUAUAUAUCUUUGAACCAAAUGGUAGUGAACUUAUUGAUAUGUGUUUUGCAAACCUUUUGAAGCUGCAGACCUGUCGCAGCAGAUAAUGUAGUCUACUUCUUUGGUGUUUAUUCAUCUUAAUGGAAUUCACCUGGCCAUAAUUACGCUAUCUUGAAAUAUGCACUCAUCCUUUCUUCGUCGAAAAAUUGUUCACUAAACUUGACGGUUUUUGGAGUCAUGGGCCGUUAAGAAGCAUCCAGGGAAGUAAAAACAUCUUCUUUACCCACUCAUCCUCUAAUCUUUGUAGGCAGGAUGGGUUAAUAAAGAAAAAUGAGAAGGAAGUGAGUUUGCUUUGAGCUUGGAGAGGGCCACGUCGUCCCUUUUCAUCAGAAGAUAUUUAAUCAAAAGUUGGUUCUUAAAGUAUUUGAACACUGCAACUGCUACAGGCACUGUUUGCCCAGAUAUGAGCAACAUGAUCCCUGGUAUAACAUGUUUAAAAACUUAAGAGAAGCAAGCUUGAUAAAUCACAAUUGUGGCAAUAAAAACACUAAUGCUUUGUAAUAAACACUUGGUCUUGUAACUGUGAAAAAUGGUAAGUAUCUUUCCAUUUUGCCUAAUAAUAAACGUUUUUCCCAUUUCAAUAUAUUUCUUCACUAAAUCGAGAAAAAUUAUCAUAAAUGCGAAUUGACGGUGCUGCCAUCACCUUACUUUAAAAGGAUUAAAUUACUGAAUUAAAGUGAGUCAGUUUAGGCUGUUCUCUUAAUUUCUGCUCAUCUUGUUAAACAUAUUUAAUUCACUGUUUGAUUUUCACCUCAAGCGCCGUUUUUUUCAAGAGAAUUAAUCGUUAUUAGAAUACAGCAAUGUUUGUAUUUAGAAAGCGUCUGUGCUAAAUUUUAAAAAAAAAUCACGCUGUUUUGUCUAGAGAAAAGUGUUUAGGAUAAGCUUAUAAUCAGCCGUCUUUUUAUUUGAAUUUUGAUGAGAGGCAGUGCUGCAGACAAUGCUUUCCCAAGUUCGCAAGAAUACGAAUAUUGCUUCAAAUAAUUUGCCUUCCAUUUUGAUUCCAUCCUUUUGUUCACUUUAACCUACUAAACUUGAGAUCUCAAAUAAAACUGUUUAGAAGCCUAUUCAAAAGCGAUUGCAGCUUUAUCAAGAAACUUCUCAUAUUUAUAGCUUCUCGCAAAUCAUAAUGCUGAAAAAUGUCUUUUUUUUGUCUUUGAUAGCAUUUACUUUUUUAUGCGCAUCGUUUACGUUCCGUAAUAGUAGGCGGAGAGCCUCUAGGGUUUUUUGUUAAUACCCUUUUAUUAAUACCCUUUUAUUUAUACAGGUUUUGAUAAGGCAUAAUUUUUGGAUGUUUUGAGGCUUGAGUGCUCUAAAUGAUGCUCUAAUUUCAACAAUGACUUUUCUACAACCAGAAUCUAUAGAUUGUUUCUAAAAUGUUGCUAAAACUAUGAAAUAACUGUUACGAAUGACGUUUUUCGAGACAUGGUCUAUUGGCUGACCAAAUCUGCUAGAUUUUGUUAACAUGAGAGUAAAUUUUCUAAAAAACUUUCAUCUUUUCUUCUAAUUUUAUUUCCUGAGACAGGACGUGUUCUUAUUGUCUGGCAAAUCGUGUCAAAGUGUUUUUAGAAAGUAUUCUUUUAAAAAGGGAUGCAGUCAAAUUCAUUUUGUAAAAGGACCGAUGAAAUGGUGAUAGUUGCAUCCAACUUUGACCCGUUAAACUUAAUUUUCAGUGUUUGUUAAGACCCCAGCACUGUGUUAAGUCCCUAAAUUGCCAUAGGCAGUUGCUGCAUAACCUCGUCUUGAUAGAUCUAAAAAAGAUUUAAUUGACAAGAAUGGAUGGAAUUACCAAGGAGUCCCUCACGGACGAAGAUAUAAACAGGAACGCCAGAGAGCUCUAAAAUGCUAGGUCAUUUUCAUUAAUACAACAAUCUUCGAGGCUGUAUAAGAAUUCCAAAACAAUUGCUAAAAUUCCAAAAGCUUGGUUGGUUCGGUCGGAGCGUUAGCAGUAGACUUUGUGACCAUCUGAAAGAGGCAAUGCAAUAUCGAGGCUACUUGAAAAAUAAACCGGAAACAUCAAAUCACUGACAAUGAUCAUGUAAUCAACACUUUGCAUGUUUUGCUCCAAGCUUUUCCCUGGCUUUGCUCCCCUCCACUCCAAUUCCCAUCUUCAGCACAAAGGUGUGACGGCGCAGCUACUCAAGUUGUUUUGUUUUUAACAACCUUGCAAUCAUUAGCUGAAUGAUAAAAAUUUUCCUUUUCUCCUGGUUCUUGCCAUUUUCAUUAGUUUUGCUUUGUAAUUUGCCGUCUUUAUUCGAUUUGACAUCUGCGAUGCCUUUAUUUUUAUUUUACUAUAUAUAAUGAAUUGCAUAUUUUUAUAAAUAUUUUUUUCGGCUAGCCUUAGGUUUGCCUUCAAUAGCUGAUAUACCGUUGCUAAUUAUCAGCAGUCGAUUGUAGUUGAAGGCUAUUUUGAUAACCUUUUAUGUUAAUUCUUCCUAUGAUAUUUAUAAAAAACUGAAAUAAACUUAAGAAACCAGGCUUUGUACGUAGCUCCCGUUCGACAUCCAAAAGUGAUAUCAGCGAGAUUCCCAAAUCAGUUUUCUGUGGCAGAACGUCAAUAGCAGAAAUGCGAGAAAUGCGUUGAAUCAAUCGAGUUGAUUAAUACAGCAUUUAGAUUACACAUGGGAAUAUACAUGCUAGCGACCGGCUGGAGGAAUGAGUAGCCAGCGAUGAACCUGAGAAGUUGAUUUCUCCAAGUAUAUGAAAAAGUGCGAAUUAAAUAUUAAUUUAUGUAUUACACAGUGUAUGUGUGAAUUUUAAAAGUAAAAUCCACGAAAGAGCGCCGACGAUUAAUGUUCAGUUGAAAGAGAGUAGAAUGGUUGAAUGCCUUGAAAAUCUUCCCGUGGUAUCACAAACUGUAAUUCCUUCUUUUUUACUUGCAAUCGCCCUGUUCACCGCUUAGUUCUUUUUGAAACCAUUCCAGCUUGGUGUCAUCCUUUUGGAGCAGGUAUUUAAAGCAUCGUUUAGAGUACGCACCAUUUCAAUCAGAAAGAUUUUUCGGGUAUCAACGGAAAGAGAAGUUGUUGUACUGUGUUUAUUGUAACGGCAAAAGAACUCUUGGAGAAGGUUGACACGCAAGCCUGUGUUUGGAUGCAAUAUCUGGAUAUGAAAUUUGUGACAACACAUUGGCAAAGGAAAGAAACUUAAAUUUAAUAUUUUUCAAUCGCAGUUCAGUAGGCUAGAGAAAUUUGGAGGAUAUGCUGGCAUUGAAAAAUGUAAACUCAUUUUCUGUUAUAAGUUUUGUGUGAAUAGUUACUUGUGGCAACUGUUGCUAAGAUUUUCACUGAGGCUGUUUAAACCUCUUAAACAUACAAUGUUGGUGAUGUAAAUGGAUGCAAUUAGCCUGGAUUCUAUAGAAUUUAUUCUACUCGGGCCAUCACUACUGUAGAAAAGAAAUCUUUGCAAUCCUUUUCGCGUGCUCCGUUGAUACAGAUAUUUCUGUUUCUUUGGCAAUGUUUUCCUGCAGCAAUUAAAUUUCAAGCACGGAAGACAAAGAAAGAAAAUCGAAGAAUAAAUUGUUGUUGUUUGGUUUGAAACUCGUUCUUUGUUCUGUUGUAGUUUUUUGUUCAAAUACCUUCAUUUGAACAAAAAUUCAACUCUUGUUUGCAAAGAACAAAUUCAAUAUUUUACAACUAUUGGAAUGAUGUGUGGACUAUUAAUUUAGCUGUUUGCCUACUUUGGUUUUGAAUUACCAAACGCUCAAGAUGGUCUCUCCGCUUCAAAUUUAAUUGAAACUCACUUCUGUGCGUUGUUUUUUUCUGGAUAUAGCCUAAACAGGUGGUCGUGCAUUAACGAUGGAUGUUUUCAGGUGAAUUAUCAAAUGGUUUUUUAGAAAUAUAUUUCAAAAAGACGGAUGUUACCACGCUUUCUUGAAUUAUGUCGCGAUGUUCGUGAAGAGUGUUAACCAACAAUUUUUCAUCUUUUAGCUAUGUUCUUAGAUAUUUUCAGUUCCAUAAUGGAUAACUGAUGCUGAAUGCAUGUGAUUUUCAGAUUGCAUUGUUUUGAUAUCUUGAUUUAAGUUUAUUUGGUUGGAAAGACUGACUUAAUGGAUUGCUACGGAACUCUUCCUCUUAUGGACUGAAAAGGAUUGAUUCAAGCUGUUUACGUAGUUCUGUAUGAAUAUGGAACCGAAAAAGUAGCUUUUUUGAAGAACUGUUCCGGGCAGUCAACAGCUCAGCAACUGGACUGGCGUCAAUAUUUGGUUUGUACGUUGAUGACCUGUUUUGGCUUAUGAAACACUACUAGGAUUCCGGUUGGGAUUAUAGCUUUAUCCUGUGAAUAUUAAACUUCAUGUGAAACACUGCUGGGAUUCCGGUUGGGAUUAUAGCUUUAUCUAGUGAAUAUCAAACCUCAUAUGAAACACUGUUGGGAUUUCCGUUGGGAAGAUAGCUUUAUCCAGUGAAUAUCAAACCUCAUGUGAAACACUACUGGGAUUCCGGCUGGGAUUAUAGCUUUAUCCUGUGAAUAUCAAACUUCAUGUGAAACACUACUGGGAUUCCGGCUGGGAUUAUAGCUUUAUCCUGUGAAUAUCAAACCUCAUAUGAAACACUGUUGGGAUUUCCGUUGGGAAGAUAGCUUUAUCCAGUGAAUAUCAAACCUCAUGUGAAACACUACUGGGAUUCCGGCUGGGAUUAUAGCUUUAUCCUGUGAAUAUCAAACUUCAUGUGAAACACUGCUGGGAUUCUGGUUGGGAUUAUAGCUUUAUCCAGUGAAUAUGAAACCUCACUUGUAAUACUGCGGGGUCAGUUGAUCUCAUUAACUGAAACUGAUAGCAAAUAUACGCCAAAAGCCACUUGUUGUGGGCUGUUCUCGAAUGGGAAAUGCAGUUCCUCGUUUGGUUAUCGAUCUUCAUGCUGAAAUUCUUGUGAUAUAUUAGGAGUUUUGUUUAAUUGGCAAGUGAUGUUGAUAGGUCGGCAGUUAAAUGAUCUGUGCUUAUUGUUUUGUGUUACGUCACGUGCUCGUUAUCAGACUCGGUUAAUUCAUUUUCACGCGUGAUGUAGAUUUAAAAUGGCUUUUUCGAUCGCUACAACAUCGUUUAUUGGUAAUAGAAAUUCGACCUAGACAAUGAAUGGACUUGACUUGUCUAUGCAGCCACAUUAACACAAAGCUACAUUUACAAUAACUGACAUUUUGAAAUGGAGGGUAUGCUGAAGUUAUUUACAAUCUAAAAGCCAAUUUCUAUUCACUGUAGUGUUCAUCGAAUGUUUUUAGCCAAUAACAACCCGCCGUAAAUGGUUAAUUGAUCGAUUUCUUCGAUGGAAGUAGACGCUUUUGACUACAAAAACUUUGCUGAAUUGAGCGUGAAUUCUCAGGUCAAAAUGAAUAGCAAUAGGGUACAAAUAAGUGUGCGUGGCGUGUAUUACGAGACUCUUGAAUCGACAUUACGACGGUUUCCAACAACUCUUCUCGGUUCGCGAAGCAAACGCAAGGCUCUGCCAACAACCAGUGCUGAUAUGAUUGUGCUACAUUGCAGCGCAAUUUCGUUCGAUGCGAUACUGUUUUACUACCAAUCAAAUGGCAUUCUAACGCGACCUCCUUCGUUGCCAGCGGCGGAUUUCGAGGAAACCUGUCGAUAUUUCGACAUCCCAGAAAAAGAUAUUCGAAAAAUGAAAGAGCGAGAAGGUCUAGUCUUGGAAGAUGUAACACCGAUUUACGAAUUCACGUGCAACACUCAAGAGGUUAUUUGGCAGUUUUUGGAGAACCCCCAAUCGUCAAAGCAAGCUGCUGUGUAUGCUACUGUGGUUUACAUUCUAAUUUUUGUGUCUGUUUUGCUAGGCUGUUUUCAGACUCUCCCACAUUUGAGUUUUAAGAGCGAGCUGUUCUCAAUCGAUUUCUUCCUAAAUGUAUUCUUCCUGGUUGAGCUGUUUCUAAGAUUUUUUGUCACGCCAGUCAAAUUUCGCUUCUUUGUUUCGACAAUUAACUUGAUUGACAUCAUCUCAGUGCUUCCUUACAUUGUGGUCCAGUUUCUCGCUGAUCAUUCGUCGAUGACAUUUUUACAAACUGUCAGAGCGUUUCGGGUUCUACGCCUUCUUCGUGUAAGGCGACAGUCACAAAGACUUCAAGUAGUUUUUCGAAUUUUAUCAGAUUGCCUUGUUGACGUUAUAACUAUGGUCUUAGCUGUUGCAAUGUCAUCUUUGGCUUAUGCAAGUCUAGUGUAUUAUGCAGAACAGUCAGUGUCAAUGGAUACCCCUUUUAAAAGCAUUCCUGAUUCAGUCUGGUGGGCAAUUCAGACUAUAAUUCCGCUUGGUUAUGGAGAUAUUGUCCCUAGAACUCCUCCAGGAAAAUUUGCUGCCGGUAUGGUCUGUGUUUUGGCAGCUUUUAGUUUCACUGUUCCAGUCCUUUUUCUUGGUGGAAAGUUCCUUUCGCUAUAUUCACGAAGCUUUGGGAUGACAUUAGGGAAUGAUUUCAAAGGCAUUGACUCGGAUCAGCAGUAAUACAUUUAAUUAGACACUAGACAGAAUACAACGUAAGAUGAAUUAUUAUACUUAGGUAUACUACGAUAUGUAUAUCAUGCUAAAAUUAUUUGAAUUGCUUUAUGUCAUGCAGCAUCUUCUACAGUUUGGACAGACGAUGUUGAAUUUUCACCUCUCUUCCUUUCAUCCUCUCCCUUUCACCCUCUCCCUUUGAUUGCCUCGACUCCCCCACCCCCGAUGUUGAUGUAUCUGCUAUUAAGUUACUUAAGCAGCAUCAUUGAAUGUUUUAAAAGAGAGUUGGAUAUGGGACUAUGUAUGCAUACUACAUGGUAUAUACUUAAGCAUUGUCUCAACUGUCCAAGAUUGUAGCUCAUUUUUCCAAUAAAGCUAUUAGACUGGUUGGAAACUCUUUUAAUGGGGGCAUGUUUAAUAACCUAGCAACUAAGCAGUCUUUUUGCAUCUAUCUUACCCUUGGCAAACAUCCGUCUCAGUUUACUUAUGACUAUGGUUCACUGGUCUGUUACCACUUUCCUCUAACUGUGAAUGCUGUAAACAAUAUCAAGGAUCUGCUUUUAAAAAUCUUUGUAUGCAAAGAUGCAUUUUCAUUUUCUUGUUUUGGAUUGCAUAUUUCAUGAUUUUCUAUUUUGCUCUAUAAAAAAUAGGAUGGGAUUUUUGCGUAGUACAGUAGACUCCGGUUAUAGUCACAUGAAAAAUUGUGACUGUUAACGAAGUGUGACUGUAAACGGAGUUAAAUGGAAAAGUUUGCACAUUGGGGUCUAAAUUUUAUGUGACUGUUACCAGAAGUGUGGCUGUAAGCAAAGUGACUGUAAGAGGAGUCGAUUGUACUGUGUUGCAAUCCGUUUUCUUGCGCCGCAAUGGGGUUGCCUUGGUUAUGUACUGUGGCCAAAAUCCGUCAACAAUUACUUUGUCAACAAGGCAUUUAUGCUUAAUUUUUUGUCAAUUAUUGAAUCUGCAGACAAUACGCCCGUUCUGACCCCUUUCAUGAAGUUUUCGUUACAAAGAGUGGUGUUUUUGAUGUAUUUUGUAUGGUAUUAUAUUGCAUUCCAUUCUCUGUAUUGUAUUUUAUUUUGGUUUUAUUUAUUUUAUUUUAUUUUAUAGCUAUCUUAUUUUAUUUAUUUUAUUUUAUAGCUAUCUUAUUUUAUCAAAUUUUAUUUAUUUCAUUUUAUUUAAUUUAUUUUUUGUAUCGCAUUGCAUUUUAUUACAUUUCAUUGCAUUGAAUAUUGUUUCUCCAGAGAUUCCUUUAGUAAAAUCAUUUAUGCGCAUGACAUUUUCUGUCUAAAAACCAAGCUACUAAAACUUUAUCACUAGAAUUAUUUACUAGAGAUGCUAAGCUAAAAGUGUAUGCUACCUGGCAAGAACCUUAUCCUUUAAUUAUUUUUGGCAUGCUUUGAUUAGCUUCGAGCCUAAAAAUCACUGCUCUUUGAAAAGCAAUUUUUUCAAAUCGCUGUUCAGCCAGUAAUUACUCUGAUGGUUCCCUGCGUGGUUGGAAUAAUCUGGUCCUAAACUUAAGCUUUGCUAAAUAUGAAUCUCAAGUAGGUUUUCUAUGAACUGCAGUUUCUAGAGCCCUUUUUAUCUCGUUAGUAUUUGUAUAUUGCUUCCGAAUGUAGUUUUUAGGACUCUCAGAAGAGGUGCUUAUCGAGCAGUGCCCUGGUCCCUCCUCUCGAUGUUACCACACAAUUCGAUUCCUACGCCUGGAAUUGAAAAAAGCGACGUAUUAAUUUUAUCAAAAUUUCUCUAUAACAGUUCCCUUGUGUCUUAAAGGCUUUAUAAGUUCGAGAAUCUUUCUAUAUAGUGGCAAUAUAUGUUAACCCGGAAUUAACAUGUUGUCCACGACUAAACUAUUUUAUUAGCAACCAACCUUAAUUGCAUGAUGCCUUAUGCAUGACAAUUAAAGCCUACCAACCUUAUUAAUCAUCUUUUUGAAAUGCCACCUUAGGCAAUAAUUUGUAUAGUCGCUGUGACUAUCUCGGGCCAGAAUUUGAAUCGAAACAGCAGGGAAAUUGUUGAUAAUAGGCAAUAAGCUGUGCUAGAUGGUUCUUCGUAUGAAGGAGUGACAAAUCCAGAAGGUCCUGAAUGGUCGUACUUAAACGGCUCUUUUGUCAGUAAGCUAUCAUCACAAUUGAGUGUUCUUUAACAUUUUUGACAUCAUAUUUAACACAAUAUCCGAAAAGCACGCCCUGUGCUAAAGAUUUCCUGAUGACCUCGUUUUGUCGGUCGUUACGCCUUUAGUAACCAUCAGUAACCAUCUGAGAACUUUACAGGAAAAUGGUCCUACCUAAAUUAAGCCUAUAUUAUUGCCAGAGUAUAUGAUGGCGUAUUAUUUGUAAAAUGUCUGUAUGUAUAGCGCUAUUUAUUACAAAGUCCAUGAAAUAAAAUUUCGAAAGUUUUAUUAUGAUUGUUAUCAUUUUUAUUGAAACUUAAUCGUUGGGUGAAACCGACUAGAAUAACUAUAUCGCUGUAGAUAUGAAAAUAUUAUGUUUCUUGUUUAGAAUGAAUAUCAAGAAAAUUUCUUUUGUUAUGAUAACCCCACGUUUCGUAAAGAUAUGAAACCUCAUGCAUUAGAUGAGUUUUAGUUCAGGGGAUUUUUAGAUUGUGAGAUCUUCGAAGAUUUAAAGCACAUAAAUAUUUAAAUGAAAUUAAACAACAUCCUCGUGUUCAUAAGUCCAGAGGGCUUUCGCUUAAAGAAAGAUUUAAUUUUGCAUAGUUUAAAAUCUUUGUUAUGCUAAAGAAAAGAAAUAUUUAUUUCAUUUUUUCUCAUUGUUUACCUCUGCACCCGGAGUUAUUUGUAAAAGCGAUGUCAAAUUGUCAGAAAACUGACCUUUGAUGUUCGUGUGUUUCUACUUAAAGAGCUUUGUGCCAAUUAAGUUAUGAUUCGUCAGGAUGGCCUCUUUUAUGUUGAUGACGUUUUUGCAUUGAUGUCUGCUGUCAGUCUAUAGCUGCUUAAUUUUACGUCCGGUCAGUCUUCAAAUUCGUUGCUUUUCUUUCUGAAAGAAUUAUAGCUGAACACCCCCAAUGAAUGCGCAGAUUUGGUCUCUGGAUUCCAGCUCCCUUCUCGUGUUGGGAUCUUUUGUCCCAAUUUUUCAUCGAAAUUUUGCGAGGAGCUCGGUAUGAUUUUUGUUGUGGUGAAAGUCUAAUUCCAGAUACAAUUAGCUGAUAGAUUAGUUAUAGUCUUUUUCAAGCCAAAUCCAGCCUGAAUUUAAUGUGAUCUAUAUCUUCCACGUUUCGUUGGUUUGUUUAGAGAAAUGAUCUCCCCGGUUGUCAUGAAAAGGAAUCACGUUCUAAGUAUCAACAUUUUAAAUGGCGAAAACAUAACCAACACAAAGAUUCAAUUUCAGUGUUCAGAUCGAUUCCAGUCUCAUAACUUCAGCUUCCGGAUUCUGAAUAACAUUUUAGAUUUUCAACAAAUGCUUCACGUGACGUGUGAUGCCUCGUGAUUAUCAGAAAUGACGUCAUCACGGUAUAGGCUUAAGGCAACUUCAAAGGUAGGCCUACAACACGUGGUAUGAACGCUCAGCCCUUUUAUUUAAGAAAUAAUGCCUACAGCCAAGCUUGGCAAUUUUUACCGUUUCUUUGCCUAAUUUGCGAAAAUGAUCUGCUGUUUAGCGACCACAUUGAACUUUGACAAGUAAUAAUUGUUGUCAGUCCCCGAUAUUAACAAAAUUACAUGUCAAUUGUAAAAUCCGGGCUUAACUUGCAAUAGGUCUGAAUGCAACUCUCCUUCGCAGCUCCAGAGAGUGAACAAUUCAUGUAGAACUUUUACGAGCACAUAUGCGGCAGAUCUACUUUUGUUUCUGAGAGAUGCCCGUUGCAGGGGGGAUGCCCGUUGCAGGGGGGAUGUCCGUUGUAGAGAGGUUUCGAUUGUUGUGUGUUGUUCGUUAAGUCCAUUUAGGAUGUUAAAUAUAUUGGUAUGGAGCUGGACUUUCUCUGCAUGUAUCUGUGGUCGGAUCCCAGGCCUAUAUUUUGUCUGCAAAAACAGUAUGCAUGUUGUCUGUAUAAAACUAUAUAAUCUAAGAGAUAUUUCGCUCUUAAUAAUGUUAUCAAAUUUUCACUAAAUAUCAAUGUUGACAUUUCUGAGAGUAAUGCAAUAAAUUUGUGAAUAAGAAACUAGAUCUUUGUUUUACAUUACGAGUGCAUUUGACAAUAAAAUCGUGUUUUCUGCGACUAUAUCUUCUGAAUAACUACCAGAUAUAAAAAAAGCCGCCCUCAAUUGCAGUCCUACAACGCAUCUUUACAAUUGCAGAUCCGUGCAAACAUCAAUUCAUAUUUCAUUGAUU